AGAAGCGCAUGCGUAUGUGAGACACAGCAUUGUCAAACUUACAUCACACACGUGCUGGCAAGGGCAAAGAGAAGUUGAACGCAAAGAAAGAAGCAAUCAUGCUGCUAUCACCAAGAAUUACCUUCAGAUGUUUGGAGCAGGGAUGUAGAAUACAGAAAAUGCGAAAUCUGCAUACAAAGACAUUCAAAAACCAGAUACCCUUGCUCUCCCAAAAUGGAAAUCAGGCAAUUCAAAAAAGGAACAAUUCUGGAAAGGUCAAGGGUCAGGUCAUCGGAAUAGAUCUGGGAACAACCAAUUCCUGUGUAGCCGUCAUGGAAGGAAAGACUCCCAAAGUUUUAGAGAAUUCAGAGGGAUCCAGAACCACUCCAUCCGUGGUAGCUUUCACUAAAGAUGGAGAGCGACUUGUGGGGAUGCCGGCCAAACGUCAGGCUGUCACUAACGCAGAAAACACAUUCUCUGCCACAAAACGACUCAUUGGAAGACGGUUUGAAGACCCAGAGGUCCAGAAAGACAUGAAGACAGCAUCAUUCAAGAUUGUAAAGGCAACUAAUGGUGAUGCCUGGGUGGAGGCUCAUGGGAAGAUGUACUCACCCAGUCAGAUUGGAGCCUUUGUUCUCAUGAAAAUGAAGGAAACUGCUGAUAAUUACCUGGGUCAGAAGGUUAAGAAUGCCGUCAUCACUGUCCCCGCUUAUUUCAAUGACUCCCAGAGACAGGCCACAAAAGAUGCAGGACAGAUUGCAGGGCUGAACGUUCUUCGAGUUAUUAAUGAACCCACUGCUGCUGCCCUGGCAUACGGCAUGGAUAAAAGCGACGAUAAAAUUAUUGCUGUGUAUGACUUGGGUGGUGGAACUUUUGAUAUCUCUAUUCUGGAAAUGCAGAGGGGAGUUUUUGAAGUAAAAUCAACCAAUGGAGACACGUUCCUUGGUGGAGAGGAUUUUGACAAUGCCUUGGUCACUUUCUUAGCCAAUGAAUUUAAACGAGAUCAAGGUAUUGAUGUAACCAAGGACAACAUGGCCAUGCAGAGAUUAAGAGAGGCAGCUGAGAAAGCCAAGAUAGAACUCUCCUCUAGCAUGCAGACUGAUAUAAAUCUGCCGUAUCUGACUAUGGAUGCCAGCGGACCUAAACACAUGAACAUGAAGCUGACCCGAGCCAAGUUUGAGGGAAUUGUUGAGAGUCUAGUCAAGAGGACCGUGGGUCCUUGUCAGAAAGCGUUGAGUGACGCAGAGGUCAAGAAGUCAGACAUUGGUGAUGUCAUCCUGGUUGGAGGAAUGACUCGUAUGCCCAGGGUACAAUCCUUAGUACAGGAGGUAUUUGGCAGAACUCCAGGAAAAUCUGUGAACCCAGAUGAGGCUGUUGCUAUGGGAGCAGCCAUUCAGGGAGGUGUGUUGGCAGGGGAUGUGACAGAUGUUCUGUUGCUGGAUGUAACUCCACUCUCACUGGGUAUUGAGACCCUGGGAGGCGUGUUCACAAAACUGAUUGACAGAAACACAACUAUUCCAACAAAGAAAUCCCAGGUCUUCUCCACAGCAGCUGACGGACAGACAAGUGUGGAGAUCAAAGUCUGUCAGGGAGAAAGAGAAAUGGCUGCCGACAACAAACUUCUGGGACAGUUCAUGUUGGUUGGGAUUCCCCCAGCACCACGAGGUGUGCCCCAGGUAGAAGUGACCUUUGACAUUGAUGCUAAUGGCAUUGUAAAUGUAUCGGCUCGGGACAAAGGAACAGGAAAGGAACAGCAGAUUGUGAUCCAGAGUUCGGGCGGAUUAAGUAAGGAGGAGAUUGAGAACAUGGUGAAGAAUGCGGAGAAAUAUGCUGCUGAGGAUCACGUCAGAAAGGAGAGAGUGGAGGCUGUGAACCAGGCUGAUGCCAUCAUACACGACACAGAAGCCAAGUUGGAGGAAUUCAAGAGUCAGCUACCCGAGGAGGACGCCAAUAAACUGAAGGAACAGAUUACAGGGGUAAAGGAUUUAAUCGCUAAGAAAGACCAAGUAGAAAUCGAGGAAUUAAAGCAAGCCACAUCCAGCAUGCAACAGGCCUCUCUCAAACUGUUUGAGAUGGCCUACAAAAAGAUGUCAGCUGAUAGAGAGGGCAGCUCAUCUUCCAGCAGUAGUUCAUCUGAAUCAACAGACGACCAAGAAAAGAAGGAAGAAAAGAACUGAAAUAUGGAACAAACUAAAUGUGUGUGUGAAUGUGUGGAGUGAAAGUAGACUGUGACAGGGGGCCAGUGUGGGGGUGCCACCCCAAUCAGGUCCCUCCCCAGCACAGUGGGGAUUGACUUCUCAUUGCUCCCGGAGUGGAGUAACAAUCAAGUGCAUUCAUCACUCUAGCUCAACGAGCUUUCGUCAAGACAUCAUAGAAAAAAAAAUGGAUGCCAGUAACAAACUUAAACUCUGAUUGGUUGUGAUUUUGUAACCAAUCGUAUACAAUACUUUAAUAAUGCAAGUUAAGAUUAUGAAAAUUCAGCUAUCAGAUUUUAUUGAAUUCUUUGUUAGUUAAUGGCAUUCGGUCCAACUUUGAUUCAGAUUGUUAGGAUAUUGUGCUUCAACAUUUAACCUCAAGAAUCAUGUCAUGUUUGUUUUUGUUCAUAGUUAUUUUAUUUCAUAUUCUGUGUAGAAACUGCAUGUAUAUAUGUAAAAACAAUUAUGUGAUAUUAAAUUAUGAAACAAAC